UUCAGCAGCUUUGACUGCUUCUUCUAUCUCUGAGCCCUUCUCGCGCCGGGAAAUGGACCUUCUCUUGUUAGAGAAGAGCCUCAUCGCCGUCUUCUUCGCGGUGCUUCUCGCGAUCGCCAUUUCCAAGCUCCGUGGCAAGAAAUUGAAGCUUCCUCCGGGUCCGUUACCGGUUCCGGUUUUUGGAAACUGGCUCCAAGUCGGAGAUGAUCUCAAUCACCGCAAUCUCACCGAUCUCGCUCGAAAAUUCGGAGAAAUAUUCCUCCUCCGAAUGGGCCAGAGAAAUCUCGUCGUUGUUUCGUCGCCGGAUCUAGCGAAGGAUGUGCUCCACACGCAGGGCGUUGAGUUCGGAUCCAGAACCAGGAACGUCGUCUUCGAUAUCUUCACCGGGAAGGGUCAGGACAUGGUGUUCACGGUCUACGGAGAGCACUGGCGGAAGAUGCGGCGGAUCAUGACGGUGCCGUUCUUCACCAACAAGGUCGUGCAGCAGAAUCGGCAGGGUUGGGAGUACGAAGCGGCGUGUGUGGUCGAGGAUAUGAAGAAGAAUCCUGAUGCUGCGACGAAGGGAGUCGUGCUGAGGAAGAGGCUUCAGCUGAUGAUGUACAACAAUAUGUACCGGAUUAUGUUCGACAGAAGGUUUGAGAGUGAGGACGAUCCGUUGUUCGUUCAGCUCAAGGCUUUGAACGGCGAGAGAAGUCGAUUGGCUCAGAGCUUCGAGUACAACUAUGGAGAUUUUAUCCCCAUCCUUAGGCCGUUCCUGAGAGGGUAUUUGAAGAUUUGCAAGGAGGUAAAGGAACGGAGGCUGCAACUGUUCAAGAAGCACUUCGUCGACGAGAGGAAGCAAAUUGCGAGCACCAAGCCUACGAGCAACGAAGGAUUGAAAUGCGCCAUUGAUCACAUCUUGGAUGCUCAGCAGAAGGGAGAGAUCAAUGAGGACAACGUUCUUUACAUCGUCGAGAACAUCAACGUCGCCGCGAUUGAGACGACGUUAUGGUCAAUCGAGUGGGGGAUUGCUGAGUUAGUGAACCAUCCGGAGAUCCAAACAAAGCUGAGGAACGAACUGGACACUGUUCUUGGACAUGGCGUCCAGAUAACAGAGCCAGACAUCCACAAGCUCCCAUACUUGCAGGCCGUGAUCAAGGAGACGCUGAGAUACAGAAUGGCGAUUCCUCUCCUCGUGCCUCACAUGAACCUCCAUGAAGGAAAGCUCGGAGGGUAUGACGUACCAGCCGAGAGCAAGAUCCUCGUCAAUGCCUGGUUUCUGGCCAACAAUCCAAACAACUGGAAGAAACCGGACGAGUUCAGGCCAGAGAGGUUCUUGGAGGAAGAGUCGAAUGUGGAAGCGAACGGGAAUGAUUUCAGGUAUAUCCCGUUUGGAGUGGGACGGAGAAGCUGCCCAGGAAUCAUUUUGGCACUGCCCAUAUUGGGAAUCACCAUCGGAAGGCUUGUUCAGAACUUCGAGCUGCUUCCUCCGCCAGGGAAAUCUCAGGUUGAUACCACUGAGAAAGGUGGACAGUUCAGCUUACACAUCCUCAAUCACUCCACCAUUGUUAUGAAGCCGAGGUCCUCUUGAUUGAUUCAGGGUUUUGUAAUAUUGUUGUUGUCAUAACAGUUGUGUAUGCCUUUGGAAUGUUUUUGUAAAAAA